AUGAAUGUAACUGGAAUGGUUGAAUACAUGGACAAUCUCGAUACAUCAUGUUUUCAUUUUGAAAUUUGUUUUUGUAGAUGUGGAUGUGGCAGGAGUGCUUCCACACACAUUGUUCAGACAUUACAACCACAGCCGUCCUUAGUAGUACCUCCAAAUUUCUGUAGUGAUGAUUCUUCCCAAACAUCUGGUGAUGAACAUUGGAGUUCAUCCAGGCACACAGCACUGAGCCCAACUGAUGCCUAUGGCAUAAUUGAAUUUUUAGGAAGCCAGCAUCCUUUAAAAGCCCGAUUCAUUCGCCUAAGUUAUGAUACAAGACCAGAAGUUAUUUUAAAACUGUUAACUAAACAAUGGAAUUUGCAAUUGCCAAAACUACUUAUUACAGUUCAUGGAGGAAAAGCUAACUUUCAGCUUCAGCCAAAACUGAAAUCAGUACUUCAUAAAGGUUUAGUAAAAGCAGCAAAAACAACAAGAGCAUGGAUAUUUACAGCUGGGACAAAUACUGGUGUAAUGAGACAUGUUGGAGAUGCAUUACUUAAUGAGCGGACACCUUGUCUAAGAAGUCGUGUGGUAACUAUAGGUAUAGCUCCUUGGGGAAUUAUUCAAGAUCAUCAGCAAUUACUCAGAAAAAAUGUUGUAGUGCCAUAUUACAGUAUUUCUUCUCCAAAGAGCCGAUAUGCUGUAUUGAAUAGCAAUCACUCAUAUUUCCUAUUGGUAGACAAUGGUACAGUUGGAAGAUAUGGUGGUGAAAUUUCAUUGCGAAAAAGAUUGGAGAAACACAUUGCAAAACAAAAAAUUUAUGCUCUCAAUUCAGGUAGCAAUAUGGAAAGUGGUGGCAUUCCAGUAGUAUGUGUUAUAGUUGAAGGUGGACUGAAUACUAUUCGAACUGUCUUAGAAUAUGUUACAGAUUCUCCUCCAGUUCCUGUUGUUAUUUGUGAUGGAAGUGGGCGUGCUGCAGAUUUACUUGCAUUUGCUCACAAAUAUCUGCAAGAUGACAAUAAUGCUGUGUUGGAAAGUGUACGGGAACAAUUACUUGCUACUAUUGAGAAAACAUUUAAACUAUCUCGUGAGCAAGCUGAACAACUCCACAUAGAACUUGUACAAUGUGUUCAACAUAAAGAUUUGAUAACAGUUUUUCGUAUGGGAGAAGGUCCCUGUCAAGAACUGGAUGAAGCUGUUCUCACUGCUCUUCUGAAAGGUCAACACUUACCAGCACCAGAUCAACUUCAAUUAGCCUUAACUUGGAAUAGAGUUGAUAUAGCCAGAAAAGAAAUUUUUAUUUAUGGUCAAGAAUGGCCUGCAGGUUCUCUGAAUCAAGCUAUGAUGAAUGCUUUGAUAUUAGGGAGAGUUGAUUUUGUUAAAGUUUUGUUAGAAAAUGGAGUAAGCAUGCAAAACUUUUUGACCAUUUCUCGAUUGGAGGAAUUGUAUAAUUCAGUAAGUAUUUUGAAAUUGAUAUACAGUUAUAGCCAAAACUUUUUGACCAUUUCUCGAUUGGAGGAAUUGUAUAAUUCAGUAAGUAUUUUGAAAUUGAUGUACAGUUAUAGCCAUAAAGCAUAUAAUGUUGGCCGUAAAUAUCGUAUAUUAUUAUAUGACAUUGGUCUAAUAGUAGACAAACUUAUUGGAGGUGCUUAUUGCUCAUCUUAUUGUAGAAGAAAAUUUCGUCAUCUCUAUAAUAACAUGAUGAAAAAUAUUGCAUCUAGUCCAACACUUGGUGGAUUGCUUGGACAUGAUAUAAUAACAGCUAGAUUGUCAUAUUAUGAAUCUACUCCAUUUGAAUAUCCAUUUAAUGAAUUACUGGUCUGGGCAGUGCUGACAAAUAGACAAAAGAUGGCUCUGUUUAUAGGACAGAGUGGAGAAGAAGUUAUUGUAAAGGCUCUAAUUGCUUGCAUACUGUAUAAAGCCAUGGCUCGUGAAGCAGCACAAGAUGAUAUGGAAACUGAUCUCUAUGAAGAGCUGAGGCAAAAUGCUAGAGAAUUUAAACAAUUAGCACUUGAUCUUUUGGAUUACUGUUAUCAUCAAGAUAAAAGUUUGACUCUUCAACUUCUAACCUUUGAAAGACAGAAUUGGAGUAAACAGACAUGUUUGGGAUUAGCAGUAAUGGCUAAACAUCGUGCAUUCUUAGCACACAGUGCUUCACAAAUGCUUCUGGCUGAUCUCUGGAUGGGAGGAUUACGAACUCGAAAGAAUGCUAACUCUAAAGUAAUAUUUGCUUUGUUAUUUCCACCUGCAAUUUUUAAACUUGAGUUUAAGUCCACAGAAGAAUUAAAGUUAAUGCCACAAACAGAAGAAGAGCAUAUUUGGAAUUUACAAAAAAGUGACACAGAUAGUAAUGGAAAUGAAAAUGAAAAAUGUAGUUUGGAUGAAAUAGCCUCACAUUAUAAAACACCUAGAAAAGAGUCAUAUGCAAUUCUUCACGCUAUAAGUUUAAAUACCUCUUAUAAAUUAGAAAAUGGAAAGCCACUUCAUAUAGAUAGCACUGAUCUUGAGUUAUCUAUGGAAGAAAAACAAAAAAAAAGGUCUCCACGAAUAGGGAAAAAAGUUUAUGAAUUUUAUGCAGCUCCAAUAACUAAGUUCUGGGGUCAUACACUAGCAUACACUAUAUUUCUGCUAUUAUAUACUUAUGUUGUGCUAGUACGUUUAGAAUCAGAACCAUCUUGGCAAGAAUAUUUUGUGAUUUCAUAUUUAUCUACAUUGCUCUUAGAGAAAUUUAGAGAGAUUUUAUGCUCUGAACCAGUAAAAUUUUCAGCCAAAAUUUCAGUCUGGCUAGAAAAAAAAUGGAAUCCAUGUGAUGUUGCUCUAAUUAUCAUUUUUCUUAUUGCUCUAAAACUUCGUUUAGACCCAAACUUGCAACAAGUAGGUAGAUCAAUAUAUUGUGUGAAUAUCAUGUAUUGGUACAUCAGAAUUUUAGAUCUUGUCAGUAUAAAUAAAUAUCUUGGACCAUAUGUUACUAUGAUUGGGAAAAUGGUUAUCGACAUGCUUUAUUUUGUAGUUCUCUUGCUUGUCAUUUUAAUGUGUUAUGGCGUAGCAAGACAAGCAGUUCUUUUUCCUUAUGAAGAAGCAUCAUGGAAUCUAAUAACAGAAAUAUUCUAUUUGCCUUACUUUAUGUUGUAUGGUGAAGUAUUUCUUAAUCAUAUUAAGCCAAAAUGUGGAGAGGAUCAAAAUCUUAAGCCUUGUGGAUUAGCAACAUGGAUUAAUCCACUUAUUAUGUCUAUAUAUUUACUUAUUUCAAAUAUUCUUCUUGUUAAUCUUUUGAUUGCAGUUUUUAAUAAUAUUUUUGUUGAAGUAAAUGCAAUAUCUCAGCAAGUUUGGAAAUCAAAUAGGUUCCAAGUAGUUAUGGAAUAUGAGCAAAAACCUAGUUUGCCACCACCUUUAAUAAUCUUUUCUCAUUUAUAUCUUCUAUUUAAAUAUUAUAUUCGUCGUUGGAAAGGAAAGCCAAAAGGAAUAGAUUAUGGUCUCAAGUUAUUUUUAGAUGAAGAAAGUAUUGAAAAGAUAAAUGAUUUUGAAGAAGAAUGUGCAGAAAGUUAUUUUCAUGAAAAAGAAUUACAGUCAACAUUAGAUCAGCAGAUUCAAAUAGUAUCAGAAAGAGUAGAAAAUACAAUGCAAAAAAUUAAUGAUAUUAAUCAGCGUCAAAAAGAUAUUAAUGGAAGAAUUCAAAACUUAGAAUUUCAAGUCAACAGAAUAGAACAGGUUUCUCAAGAUUGCUUUGAAUCUUUAUCAGUUAUGAGAACAUGUAUGAAAGAAGCCUCUAGCCCAACAUCUUUAUUACAAAAGCAUGAUGAUUCAAUUCUUUUAGAAUCUGAACAUGAAGAUGAUUUGUCACCAGUUCCAUCUAUUGAAGAUACAUCACUUCGAAUUCAGAUAGAUAAUGCUCAGGAAAAUCAAGACAAGCCCUCUACUUACAAAGAAUCUUAUCCAUCAAGAGUAUCAUUUGUUGAUGAUGAUAUUCAUACUACUCCACCUCCUGAAACAAACCAAUCUAACACUGCACAAGCACGAUUACAAAGAUUUAGACCACCUCCACUUCUUUCUCGACAGCAAACAAUAGCAGCUCCAGAAAAUUUAACUAGAAAAUUAAGUGAAAGUGGUUCUAGUGGUUUAUCUAGAAGGCAUCCAUUACAAAGAGGAAAAAGCAUUUCUUAUUUAGAUUCAGAUGAAAUGAUUGGUGGUUCUCAGGUUUCAAAAGUUGGUCGCAGUUUAUCUUGUACUGCACAGUCAUAUUGGCUUAAUACUGAUCCUUCUAUAUAUAUAAUACCACCUACACCAAAACCACCUCAUUUAUCUGUCACAAAAGGAGAAUAUACAAGCAUCACUGAUGAUCUUGAGAAUACUGCAUGUAUUAAUCAGAUUCAUUUACAACAUCAGUAUUCUUCUGAAUCUCGAUCAAGUAGUAUUGAACAGCCUCAACUAGCAAUCGAAACAGAAACAUUAUAUGAUGCAGAAGAAACAGAUUAUCAUCUAAUGAAAGGUUUAAUUCGCAGGAGGUUACACAGUAAUUUAGAAACUGUUACUGGUAGUUUGGAAGAGUUACAAAGUAUUCAUUCAGAUUCAGACAGUAUUUCUGAAGAAGCUGGAGACAGUGUAACAAAAGACAACCAAACAAGUGAUUCAGCACAAUACAUUCCCAAGCCCCAAGCACAAGAUGAUUUCUGGUCAGAAACUACAUGUUGAAGUCUGUAAUGAAACCAAUAAAUCAAGUAUUUCUUUUUUAAAAAAAUAAAAACCAAUUUUUUUAAGACAAUCUAAGAUUGCUGUGAUGCAAGCUAAAAUGUGCAAUAUGCUUAGGAUGACCAAAUUGUAAUUUAUAUAGGCCCAUAAUGACAUUAAUUCAAAUUUAUUGAAGUUUAUAUUGAAUAGUUUGAAGAAUAUUUUAUCAAUAUGAUUGAAGUAUCAUGAUGGUUUUCAUAUUCAUUCUACAAAAUAAUUUAAGCUCAGAUUUCAUUUAAGCAAAUAUAAAUCUCAAUAAAAUAUUCUUAAUUACCUAUAGCACAGUGCUCAAUAUGAUUGUGAAACAGGCAUAUAGAAAUCAUAUCUUCUAUUUUUAAAUGUUGAAUAUUAAUAAUAGCUUAUAUCAUGUUUAGCUAAAAUAAUUGAAGGCAUUUUAAAUAACUUAUUUCACUUAAUAUUUAAGUAAUUGAAAACAAAUACAUUUAUCAUUUCAUCACUAUUUAUUA